UACGGCUGAGAAGGACUUCCGGUUGGCUGUUGCUACCGGCCACUGGCGGCGGAGGCCAAGAUGGAGGCGUCGUCGGUGUCGUCGGCGUCGGGCCCGGGGGAGCGCUGGGCGCCGGUGGGAGCGGUGUCCGAGGCGCAGGCCGGGGAGGAGGAGCAGGAGGCCGGGGAGGAGGAAGAGGCCGAGCCGGGCUCCCCGCGGGCCUUGCGGGCGGAGCGGCACCGCCUCCACUCGGCUCUCCUGGCUUUGGCCUCCCAUUUCGCCCAGGUCCAGUUCCGCCUCCGGCAGGUGGUUCGCGCGGGGCCGGCUCAGCAGCAGCGCCUGCUCCGGGAGCUGGAAGAGUUCGCCUUCCGAGGCUGCCCGGGCUUCGGGGCCGCCGUGGAGGGAGUCGGGGGCGGCGGCAAGAGUGAGCUUGAGAAACAAGAACAGAUAGAGGCACAGAAAGAGAAGCAGCGGGAGCUCAUCCUGCAACUCAAGGCCCAGUUGGAUGACUUGGAAACAUUUGCCUACCAGGAAGGCAGCUAUGAUGCACUACCUCAGUCCGUGGUCAUGGAGAGACAGCGGGUAAUUAUUGAGGAGCUGAUCAAGAAGCUGGACAUAAACUUGAGUGAGGACAUUGCCUCGCUGUCCCCAGAGGAGCUGCAUCAUCAAGUGGAUGUGGCUGUGGCCCAGAUAGUUAAUCCGGCUCGCGUGAAGGAACAGCUGGUAGAGCAGCUUAAAACCCAGAUCCGGGAUCUUGAGAUGUUUAUCAAUUUUAUCCAAGAAGAAGUAUGCAGUCCAGGCAAACAAGAGAAUGGUCAGUGUGAUUGUUCAUCUGGAAAAGCUGGAAGUGGCACCUGCAAACCAAAUACCAAGCAACCUCACAGAAGUAACAGAGUGAACCCUGAAGAUGCUCAGAGGAUGCGGGAGACAGGACUACAUCUUAUGCGCCGAGUGCUUGCUGUGCUACAGAUAUUUGCUGUGAGCCAAUUUGGCUGUGCAGCUGGACAAAUCCCACAGCAUUUAUGGCAAAAGGACCGUUCUGACAGGGACUAUGCACCCUUAGUGAACAAAUUAGGAAUGGCUGUAGCCCGUGUGAAGACACUAGCCCAAAAGUAUCAGUUGCAAGAGUCAGAACAUGUCAUCAGCUAUUCAAGCGCCCAGGAUACCUCCUUGGGAGGAAGGGAUGAGCUAACGCUGGCUGUGCGUAAGGAGCUGACCAUUGCCUUGCGGGAUCUUCUGGCCCAUGGUCUCUACACCCCGUCCCCUGGAAUGAGCUUGGUUCUGGCCCCCAUUGCCUGUUUGCUCCCUGUGCUGAGCUCCUCUCCUCAGGCCAUGCAUCCUUGGGAGCUCUUUGUGAAGUAUUACAACUCUAAGAAUGGUCGUGCCUUUGUGGAAUCACCAGCACGCAAACUCUCUCAGUCUUUUGCCCUUCCAGUGAUGGGAGCGGCACCUGCCACCCCAAAGCAGAGUCUGCUCUCAGCAAUCCAUACAGUCCUCUCUGAACAUGACCCCUUCAAGCGCAGCGCAGACUCAGAACUGAAGGCUCUGGUGUGCCUGGCCCUCAACGAACAGCGCCUGGUCUCCUGGCUCAACCUCAUCUGCAAGUCUGGCGCUCUGAUCCAAGCGCACUACCAGCCUUGGAGCUACAUGGCUCAGACAGGCUUUGAAGGGGCCCUCAAUAUCCUCAGCCGCCUCAGCAGUUUGCAUUUCAGCCUUCCUGUGGACCUGGCUGUUCGGCAACUGAAGAACAUCAAAGAUGCCUUUUGAAUUAUGAGGGAGGUGUGGGCCUCACUGGAACUCUUUUGCGUGGGAAAGCACUUAUUUCUCAGCACAGGAGGCCACUGCUUGUGUGUUCACAUGGGAGGCAGUGUUGCUUUUUUUGGUGGUGGCUUCUUGUUGCUGAGCUGCUACAUGAAACUCUUAGGGAAGGCAGCGUCUGUCUUGAGACAGCUGUGUGGAAAAGGUCCAUGUGCAAAAAUCUCAGCCCUUAAGGCUAGCCUCCUUUUCUUGUAGUGGCGUCAGUAGACAAGAUGGGCAACAGAUCAGAGGGACAUCUUUCAUCCCAGGGGGAACUUCUGCUGGGGAACCUGUUUCUGCUCCAAGUCCCAUGGAAUACCAUUGGUGUUUUUCUCCUGCAGGAUGUAUAUACCAGUUACACCGCCCUCAGCCUGUAGUGGCUGAGUUCCCAGAAACUGAGCAGGGAAGUCCACUGUGUUAAAGGCCUUAAACUAUUUGACCCAUAUGUGUUAGGACCAAACACUUGCAGGGAAUUUUCACAUUACAUUCUUGUGUGCUGCAAUGGGAUUCUGCAUCUGCUUACAUGUCAACCAGUACCUUAAGCAUCUCCCUGUAUUACAGCUGCCUAGACAACAAGGACAUGUAGACUCUGGGCUUCAUAAGGCCACACACGCACACAACCCUGUUGGAGAGGGACAUCAUAAUUAAGCAGUUGUUAAAACUCCUGUUUGGUGCUUGGGAUCUAACACAAAUACUUUUUCUAUCAGGUGGGAUGCUUCCUAGCUUUAUGUGCACAGUGAAAAAGUGGAGCUUGUCUGUUUAAAUGGCAGCUUUCCUAACUCUCCUUAAAGGGAUAAACGUUCUGGUCUGACUUGGUAUCUCUGUAUUGGCACACAAAAUUGCCUUCCUUUAUUAUGUUUUUUAGAUCCAGCCCAAAGCUGCUAUUUUUUAAAUUGGGACUGCAUGACCUUGAAUUUGAUUCUUAUGCCAGAUCUGUGGAAGUAGCAAGGCUUGGCUGGAAUGUUCCACUCUUGUGUUAUUUUUUUUCUUCAAAUGCUGUUGAAAGCUGCAGAUACUGAAAUCAGGAGAUCUACAUUAUUUGUGGCUCGGUUGCCCCUUUGGAUAUCAGAUAGUGCCCUGCUAAUAGCCUCCGGAAAGAAUACCCAUAGUCUGUGAAAGAUUCCUUUAUCUACAUGGUUGGUGCCUGUAACUUUCCUCUUAGCCAUCUUGUAAGGAAGAUCUAAGUAGAUAAAUGCAUCGUUGUGGUCCUUGAAGGAAUCUUGGCAACAUUCAUGCUCAGGUCCCUUCUACACUGCCCUAUAUCUCAGGAUUGGAUCCCAGGUUAUCUGUUUUAAACUGGAUUAUAUGGAUCUCCACUGUUGGAUAAUCUGGGAUCCGAUCCUGUGAUAUAGCGGCAGUGGGGAAGGGGCCUCAGAGACUGUGGAGAUUAGUCUGGAUGGUAAGCAGUGCUCUUUCAUGCUGUGUAGAGUCUGUGUAUUUCUACAAAUUAGUUGGCCUGUGACAUGUAUGUACAUUAUUCUACUGAAACAGAUCUGUUUUAAUGUAGGUACAUUUCUACUUCAAACCCUUGGAUUAUGUGUUUCCUGCACUUUAGAAAACUUUCCUGGUCCCUUGAUUAUUUUCUUAGUAUGUGUGUUUUGUUUUGACCGGUUUAGUGCAAGAGAAAGAAUGUAUUAAUGGUGAUUUGUGUCUGUUGCUGAUAAUAAAUUCAGUACAAUUUC